CACAGGGUUUAAGGAGAAAGUCACACACAAACCCAGGAAGAAGAAGAAUGGAGACAGAGCACCAAACCAUGGAACAGUUCCUACGAUGGGCGGCAGAGCUUGGCGUUUCAGAUUCCAUCGAUUCUUCUCAAUCUCACGAUUCAUGUCUCGGACAUUCCCUCUCCGUCUCCGACUUCCCUCUCGCCGGCGGGAGAGGGUUGGGAGCUGUUCGUGAGCUCAGGAAGGGAGAAUUGGUUCUGAAAGUCCCGAGAAAAGCUUUGUUGACUACAGAGUCCAUGCUCGCGAAAGAUGACAACUUGAGGGAUUCUAUCAAUCUUCACCCAUCGCUUUCUUCGACACAGCAGAGACUGAGUGUUUGCUUGUUGUAUGAAAUGAGCAAAGGGAAGAGCUCUUUCUGGUACCCUUACUUGUUUCAUUUGCCUCGGGACUACGAUCUCUUGGCCACGUUCGGUGAUUUCGAGAAGCAAGCUUUACAAGUUGAAGAUGCUGUUUGGGCUGCAGAGAAAGCUAUAUCCAAGUCUCUGUCCGAGUGGAAAGAAGCUGUUACGUUGAUGAAGGAGUUAGAUCUCAAGCCCAAGUUUCAGAGUCUUCAUGCAUGGAACUGGGCUUCUGCUACUAUAUCUUCACGGACGCUGCAUGUUCCAUGGGACAGUGCUGGGUGUUUGUGUCCUGUGGGGGACUUGUUUAACUAUGAUGCUCCUGGAGAUGAUCAUUUGAAUACCUCUCAAACUGCGAAUUCAACUACUAAUGCAGAGGAAGCAGGACAUGUUACUGAGACUCAGUCUGAAAGGCUCACAGAUGGUGGAUUCGAUGGAGACGCCAAUGCUUAUUGUCUUUAUGCAAGAAGGAAUUAUCAGCUUGGAGAACAGGUUCUUCUAUGUUACGGGACUUACACGAAUCUGGAGCUUCUUGAGCACUAUGGGUUUAUCUUAGAAGAGAACUCAAAUGACAAGGUCUUUAUCCCUCUAGAAACCACCCUUUAUGCUCUAGCUUCUUCAUGGCCUAAAGAUUCUUUAUACAUUCAUCAAGACGGCAAGCCGUCUUUUGCGCUUGUAUCCACGCUGAGACUGUGGCUGGUCCCGCAGAGCCAGCGUGACAAGUCGGUUAUGCGCCUCGUCUACGCUGGAUCUCAGAUAUCUGUGAAGAAUGAGGUUCUGGUCAUGAAGUGGGUUUCAGAGAAAUGCCGAAGUGUUUUGAGGGAUCUGCCAACAUCUCUCCUAGAGGAUAGAGUGAUUCUUCAGGACAUUGACAAGCUCCAAGACCCUGAAUUGUGUCUGGAGCAGAGAGAAGCAGAAGGUUUUUGCAGUGAAGUACGUGGUUUUCUCGAUGUGAAGAAUCAUUUGGUAAAUGGGGGAUUUUGUGGGAAAAUGAAUAGGAGAGUGAGUAAAUGGAGAUUGUCAGUGCAGUGGAGGCUAAGGUACAAGAGAACUCUUGCAGAUUGCAUCUCUUAUUGUAAUGAGAAACUUAAUCAUCUAAUAUAGAAUUUGGAGAUUUGUAACAUCAUUUUUAUAUGGAAAAAUAAUGCUCAAAAGAGGCUAUCUGAAAA